UCCUCUUUCCUCUACACAGCCAAAACUCCCAACGUCUGGAUGUACGCCGUCAUCGUGGUGGGCACGGUCUUUGUGAUAGCCGUGACGGCUGCUCUCUACAACAUGUGGUAAGCUGGCACCGCCGCGCUAGUUCAGCGUUUUCUUCAUCUAAGUGUUGUGUCCCUUUAUUUGGCAUAUGUUAUUGUUCCCCCCCCCUCCCCCUUGUUGGCCAGGCGCCGUGCAUGAAUGUGAGUGCAUUUUUGAACUGUAAGGUUUGCUGCGCGUUGGCCUGACCGGUGAAGUGGAUGAGGCCUUCAUGCAGGAAUGUUAUGUUAGGUGCAUUAAUAUGUUGUACAAUCUCAGUUUUGUAAUGACGUGAGAGGCUGGUGAUACUGCUGCAGAGUUUUGAGAGGUAUUUUACAUAGGACAAUUUUGGGCAAUUUUCAAUACUGGAAACGACGACGUGAUCACGUUCUUGAAUGUAUUGUUAUUUUGUUUGGUAUGACCGCUGACCAAGUCACUUUUACAAAGGGACUCACUGUGAUCAUUGACGGGUCACCAACUCAAAAAGUAUUCUAAAUCCGUCAGGACAAGCCAAUAUAUUUACAGGCACAGAUUUACAAUUAAUUGACACUUACGAAAUAAAAAAAAUGUUAUGUGCAUAUAUAUGUAAGCUUGUGUGUCCCUUGUCUUUGAGGCUUGAGUCCUAGUCCUAGUCUUGUGAUAACACAGCGGUCUUUUCACUAUUGAAUUUUUCCUGUUCAUUACCCUGUAAGUUUUAGGCCAGUAGCUAGACAUCACACAAGCCUAGAGAUUUCCCUCUUUGUUGUACAUCAAAAUAUGUUUCUGCUUUUCUUGAAGCUCCGUUCUGGCUCUAUACUAGGCCAAAACUGCCUGGCUCUAUACUUGGCCAAAACUGCCUGGCUCUAUACUAGGCCAGAACUGCCUGGCUCUAUACUUGGCCAAAACUGCCUGGCUCUAUAUCAGGCCAAAACUGCGCAUUGUCGACUAGGCAAAGUCUAUCCUUACUUCCGUAUCGCCGUUAAGAUCAGGUCAAGGUGACCACGUGACGGGAUAUUUGCAUGAUGAAUGAUCUGAUUGUCACCUAUUGCUAUUUUUUGGCUCGGUUCGAGGCUUGAUUAGCAUAUUUCCAGGCGGUGUCUGAGACUUUUCUACCUUCCAUUCCUUUUUUAUAGUGUUACCAUGGUGAGAAAAGAGACAUUGCAGUCUACUUACCUUGGUCAUGUCAUUGCUAUUCAUAGGAAACGAUGUUUUCUCACGCAUAAUCUCUUUGAUGUGGUUUUCUCACACUGACACUUCGAUGUGGUUUUCUCACACUGACACUUCGAUGUGGUUUUUUCACACUGACUCUUCGAUGUGGUUUUUUCACACUGACUCUUUGAUGUGGUUUUUCUCACACAGAAACUUCGAUGUGGUUUUUUCACACUGACUCUUUGAUGUGGUUUUCUCACACUGACACUUCGAUGUGGUUUUCUCACACAGACACUUCGAUGUGGUUUUUUCACACUGACUCUUCGAUGUGGUUUUUUCACACUGACUCUUUGAUGUGGUUUUCUCACACUGACACUUCGAUGUGGUUUUCUCACACAGACACUUCGAUGAGGUUUUCUCACACUGACACUUCGAUGUGGUUUUCUCACAUUGACACUUCGAUGUGGUUUUCUCACACAGACACUUCGAUGUGGCUUUCUCACACUGACACUUCGAUGUGGUUUUCUCACACUGACACUUGGAUAUGGUUUUCUCACACAGACACUUCGAUGUGGUUUUCUCACACAGAUACUUCGAUGUGGUUUUCUCACACAGAUACUUCGAUGUGGUUUUCUCACACUGACACUUCGAUGUGGUUUUCUCACACAGACACUUCGAUGUGGUUUUCUCACACAGAUACUUCGAUGUGGUUUUCUCACACAUGCCCUCUUUCAUUGCCAACACGUUUAGUUAUAUGUUCUUUGUUUUCAAACCACAGCCUUGACAUGUUUAGCUAUUAUUAGCCAACUUAAAGUUUCAUUACCACGUCUUAUGACUCAUGUAUUAGGGAAGGCUAUACGCACGUAGACAGGAUGUGUGGCUAUACGCACGUAGACGGGAUGUGUGGCUAUACGCACGUAGACAGGAUGCGUGGCUAUACGCACGUAGACAGGAUGCGUGGCUAUACGCACGUAGACAGGAUGCGUGGCUAUACGCACGUAGACAGGAUGUGUGGCUAUACGCACGUAGACAGGAUGGGUGGCUAUACGCACUUAGACAGGAUGGGUGACUAUACGCACUUAGACAGGAUGUGUGGCUAUACGCACGUAACAGGAUGCGUGGCUAUACGCACGUAGACAGGAUGCGUGGCUAUACGCACGUAGACAGGAUGUGUGGCUAUACGCACGUAGACAGGAUGUGUGGCUAUAUGCACGUAGACAGGAUGUGUGGCUAUACGCACGUAGCCAGGAUGAUUGGCUAUAUGCACGUAGUUCUGUCGAAAUAGUAACUCCAUGAACUAGGAUUAACUCUGUACAUUACUUAAGAUGUCUCUGAACUUUUAGAUCAGACUCAUUACUUAAGAUGUCUCUGAACUUUUAGAUCAGACUCAUUACUUUCUCUGAAAUUUCAGAUCAGACUCAUUACUUAAAAUGUCUAUGUACUUUUAGAUUAGACUCGUUCAUUACUUAAGAUGUAUCUGUACUUUCAGAUCAAACUCAUUACUUUCUCUGAAAUUUCAGAUCAGACUUAUUACUUAAAAUGUCUAUGUACUUUUAGAUUAGACUCAUUACUUAAGAUGUCUGUGUACUUUCAGAUCAGACUCAUUACUUAAGAUUUCUGUGUACUUUCAUAUCAUACUCAUUACUUAAGAUGUCUGUGUACUUUCAGAUCAGACUCAUUACUUAAGAUGUCUGUGUACUUUCAGAUCAGAACCAUUACUUUAGAUGUCUCUGACCUUUUAGAUCAGACUCAUUACUUAAGAUAUCUCUGAAUUUUUAGAUCAGACUCAUUACUUUCUCUGAAAUUUCAGAUCAGACUCAUUACUUAAAAUUUCUCUGUACUUUUAGAUUAGACUCAUUACUUAAGAUGUAUCUGUACUUUCAGAUCAGACUCAUUACUUUCUCUGAAAUUUCAGAUCAGACUUAUUACUUAAAAUGUCUCUGUACUUUCAGAUUAGACUCAUUACUUAAGAUGUCUGUGUACUUUCAGAUCAGACUCAUUACUUAAGAUUUCUGUGUACUUUCAGAUCAGACUCAUUACUUAAGAUGUCUGUGUACUUUCAGAUCCGACUCAUUACUUAAGAUGUCUGUGUACUUUCAGAUCAGAACCAUUACUUUAGAUGUCUCUGAACUUGUAGAUCAAACUCAUUAUUUUCUCUGAAAUUUCAGAUCAGACUCAUUGCUUAAAAUGUCUCUAUACUCUUAGAUUAGACUCAUUACUUAAGAUGUUUCUGUUCUUUCAGAUCAGACUCAUUACUUUCUCUGAAAUUUCAGAUCAGACUUAUUACUUAAAAUGUCUCUGUACUUUCAGAUUAGACUCAUUACUUAAGAUGUCUGUGUACUUUCAGAUCAGACUCAUUACUUAAGAUUUCUGUGUACUUUCAGAUCAGACUCAUUACUUAAGAUGUCUGUGUACUUUCAGAUCCGACUCAUUACUUAAGAUGUCUGUGUACUUUCAGAUCAGCACCAUUACUUUAGAUGUCUCUCAACUUGUAGAUCAGACUCAUUACUUUCUCUGAAAUUUCAGAUCAGACUCAUUACUUAAAAUGUCUCUGUACUCUUAGAUUAGACUCAUUACUUAAGAUGUAUCUGUACUUUCAGAUCAGACUCAUUACUUAAGAUGUCUGUGUACUUUCAGAUCAGACUCAUUACUUAAGAUGUCUGUGUACUUUCAGAUCAGACUCAUUACUUAAGAUGUCUGUGUACUUUCAGAUCAGACUCAUUACUUAAGAUGUCUGUGUACUUUCAGAUCAGACUCAUUACUUAAGAUGUCUGUGUACUUUCAGAUCAGACUCAUUACUUAAGAUGUCUGUGUACUUUCAGAUCAGACUCAUUACUUAAGAUGUCUGUGUACUUUCAGAUCAGACUCAUUACUUAAGAUGUCUGUGUACUUUCAGAUCAGACUCAUUACUUAAGAUGUCUGUGUACUUUCAGAUCAGACUCAUUACUUAAGAUGUCUGUGUACUUUCAGAUCAGACUCAUUACUUAAGAUGUCUGUGUACUUUCAGAUCAGAACCAUUACUUAAGAUGUCUGUGUACUUUCAGAUCAGACUCAUUACUUAAGAUGUCUGUGUACUUUCAGAUCAGACUCAUUACUUAAGAUGUCUGUGUACAUUUAGAGCCAAUGAUUUUGAGGACGGAAAGGGUUACUCAUGAUCAUUAAUUUAAUUAAUUGACUUUAAAAUAAGAUAUUUUGAUGUCUGCUGUGUACUGUUGUGUAAUUAGUGAAAUAUUAAAUUCAAUGAAAUGAUCAUUUUCUGAAACAAUCUGAAUCUUGUUAUUAAGCCCAGUCGGGAAGAAUGUAGCUCCCCAGAUGUAAUGUUCAUUAGAUGUUUAAUGUGAUCUAUUUCUGUUGUCUGAUUCAUUCAGGCCUAUUUAAAAAGAAAUCGUUAUAUGUUUAAAGGGAGGGAAAGGUUUGUGAAGUUGCAUGUUAUUAGUAUGUAUGUUUCCAACGUAUAUGUCUACAUCGAGUUAUUUCAUCACUCAUUUCGCUUUGUCUUAGUCUUUAUUUUAUCUUAGACCUUACUUGUCUUAGUCCUUAUUUGUCUUAGACCUUACUUGUCUUAGUCCUUAUUUGUCUUAGACCUUACUUGUCUUAGUCCUUAUUUAUCUUAGACCUUACUUGUCUUAGUCCUUCUUUGCCAUAGUAUUCACUUGUCUAGACCACGUGACCACAUCCAUAGGUUUGUUGUUAUCAAUGUAUUUCUCCACACCCCUCCCACCGAUCUUUCUCUCACCCUUCCACAGCGAGCUUUUCCGCAAAGGCCCACGUCCGAGGCCGAAGGGCGAGGGCUCCAGAGAAGGAUCCACGACUGGCACCAUCCACAGCGUCCGGUCGGUUCAAGGGAACUGUAAAGGAAACACGGCACCCGGCAACGGGAGUCAGCGGUGCGAGAACCUCUACAAACAGAUGAGUCGCGUGGACGCUGAUGACGUCACGGUCCUGACCGACAACGAGCUGUCCUCCUUCCCGUCCAGAAACAACUCCCAUUACACCCUGACCCCUCCCCUCCCCCACGACCACCAGGACAUUCCUGAUAGUGAGGCCAUAACCCCCACCGCCACCCCACUCCCGUCCUCGGCGAGCACCGUCACCACCAACGUCGCCACGACGACAACACCGCUGAGUCCUAAGUCGCCCCCCUCUCUCACCAUCGGCCCGCCGGCCAUCAGCAGAACUCAAGUAGGUCAAACCAAGCAUGACAAUUCUAGUCGAGUGUCCCUAAAAACUAACCGACGCUAUAAGCGCCUGCACCACCUGCUGCCCUCCAGGUUUGCUCAGUGUUUCUCGUGUGACGAUAAGACCGCCGCGCCCCUGGCGGGGGUGACGUCCUCUGGCUCGGGGCUCGAGCUCACCUCCGAAGCCCACAGCCAGUCCAUGUCGUUGACCCGAGCCCACGCCACUGAGAACAUAGAGCUGUGUGGGGGAGAGUUUUACACUAACACCACUUCCGGUUUUCAGUUACAUAACUGCAUGCUUCCCCGUUGUCCAGACUCACGCCCGUCUGAACUAGACCUAACCCGACAUUCUAACACGUACUCAGACUUUGACAUGACAGUCCAAGCCAGAAAGCUCAGCAUUCCCCAGGCGAAUGAAGUCAAAUUGGAGCUGGGGAGAGCGUCGCCCAUGAUUUCCAGAACGUUUAUCCCUCACGCCGGAACACGAGAGGAUCUGCGGCUGGUGACUCACACGUCUUGCGGUUCCAGCUCCGACUCGCUCGCCAUGUCCUCUGAUCUCAUAUCUGGGAAACACGAGGGCAGUUCCCAGUGCAGCCUCCAGCUCGGGGACACGGCGGAGACCUUGCUGAAAAAUGACAGCAAGCCACGGAAAGAGUUCCCCUCGCGACACCAGAUUCACCAACAAAGGCCGACCAAUUUUACCGGCGCUAAGCAGCCCAAUGCUGCUGCGAUGCAUCUCGUGGUGUCCACCCACGACAAGCUGAGCUCUGUAUCCCCAUUUGAUGACGUAACGGGCGAACCGACCUCUUCUGACAGACUUGAUAUGUAUGGUGGACUUAAUCCCAGCACGGGUCGAAGCUUAAAAUGCCCCUCUUCGAAAACCAGCGGUGCAAGCACAGAUAACCUAUGUUAUCCUGCCAUGCACGAGUCGUCAGUGACACCCCCUGUUGCUGAAGGUUCACUUUACAGUGAGGCGACGCCUCAAUCCCGGCUUCACUCUCACAGGGCACGGAGGCCUUUAUCCACAUCAGCCUCGCCACUUUCAUUCUCAUCUGACUAUGUCAACCAGCCUUCUAGCCUCGCCAACCCGCAUUCCAAACAACCCAACCCCAAGUUGUCCAGAACAACAACGAAGCCACUGGUCUCACCCCCUUACAGAGGCGCUGACCCUAAGGUUUCUCCAUCCACCACGAUCCCCACUUCGAGAUCUUUCGCCUCGCUUCCGGAAAGCCUCAUCCAGAACCCACAAAAAACGCGAAAGAACCCGCCCCUGCUUGAGAAGGCGUCCCAAGACUCGGGUCACGUGAGUAUCCCUCGGUCUCGAACCGUCAGCCCGGGGGAGUUUAGCUUAGACAAUGCUGACGUCAUGACCAGAACAGCCAGCUCGACCUACAUUCAGGGCACGGGUUAUCCCCCGUUACACAUCCAGACAUCCAUGGAGUCUGGCCACGACUCCCCAACGUCCAGCCUGUGUCACAGCUGUAAGAGAGGGGUGCACAGCCCGGGGCUGUACUUGUUGGCAUCACCUGACUCUACGUCACAGGCUUCCAACAUCAGCGGGUUGGAGACUUCUGUAUGACGUCAUUAGGGAGACAUUAUUUUAUGCUGUCAACAGUAACUUAAUCUCCAAACACCUGGUUGUGAUGCCAUUUGUAAAUGUGUUCUAUUUUCUCUAGCAACUUACAUUCAGGAACAGAGGAGUUUAUAGUUGGUAUAUAUAUGUUUAACCAUACUUACAUAUCAUCUUGAAAUAUGCACCAUAGUGUUGUUGCCAUUUGAAUGUGCAUAGAUGUAAAUGAAUUUCAGAUUUCUACUGAUAUAAUAUUUUGAAUUAAAUUUUGUUUGUAAGAUAAAACCAGUUGCUGAACCAAAGUGAAUUUUAAAAUGUUUUUUUUUUUUUAAAAACAGGGAUCUAUCAGUACGUAAUUACAUAUAGCGAAGGGGUGGCAUAGGACGUGGUGGAGGGUGGCAUAGGAUGGGUUGGAGGUUGGCAUAGGACGGGGUGGAGGGUGGCAUAGGAUGGGUUGGAGGUUGGCAUAGGACGGGGUGGAGGGUGGCAUAGGAUGGGGUGGAGGGGUGGCAUAGGACGGGGUGGAGGGUGGCAUAGGAAGUGGUGGAGGGUGGCAUAGGACGUGGUGGAGGGUGGCAUAGGAUGGGGUGGAGGGGUGGCAUAGGACGGGGUGGCAUAUGGUGGAGUGGUGGCAUAGGACAGGGUGGAGGGUGGCAUAGGACGGGUGGAGGGUGACAUAGGAUGGGGUGGAGGGGUGGCAUGGUGGAGGGGUGGCAUAUGGUGGAGUGGUGGCAUAGGACAGGGUGGAGGGUGGCAUAGGACGGGGUGGAGUGGUGGCAUGGGACGGGGUGGAGUGGUGGCAUGGGACGGGGUGGAGUGGUGGCAUGGGACGGAUGGAGGGUGGCAAAGGACGAGAUAGAAUGGUGGCAUAGGACGGGUGGAGUGGUGGCAUAGGACUGGGGUGAAGUGGUGGUACUUUUUUCUUUCUUUAGCUGAAGGGCGGCCAUUUUCAGUAAACUGCAGAAGUUGUUUUUUUUUGUGGAAAGGUGGGGGGAGGGGGGGGAGGGACAAAAAUCUUGGCCCAUCCUGGGUGGCACCUACCCUAGCUACGCCAGUGUAGCUAAUGUGGUAAUAUAAUAUUGAUCUAUGUUUUAUUAUUAUUUAUUGAUAGCAGGAUCAAAUUUUGAUCGAGGCAUAAAAUUUGAAGAACUUAAUAAUUGAAUUUGAUAUUGUUGUUCAUAAAUGUCAAGGUACAUAAAUAUCAAUAUUUCAUGUCUAAUUUGCGGCCCCCGAAGUAACGAAAUAAUCUUUAUUAUUAUUUUCCUAAUAGCUCUCCCCUCUGUCCUAUUAUCUUUCGGCCCGCACAAGUUUUUCAUAAGGUUUAACGGCCCGCCUUACAUGUUGAGUUGUGCCCAGGCCUGGUUUAUAUCAAUGCAAGGUAAUAUAUGAAAUGAUAAUGUAUUGGGGCUAUUCAGAGCGUAGGCAAUGCAGUCGCUGACAAGUUAAUUUGAUGGAAAUAUGUCCCACUGACUAGCUAAUUUGAUAAACAUUGCCCCACUGACCAGCUAAUUUGAUAAAGAUAUGUCCUACUGGCCAGCCAAUUUGAUAAAAAUAUGCUCCACUGACUAAACAUGUGAUAAAGAUAUCCCCUACUGACCAGCCAAUUUGAUAAAGAUAUGCCCCACUGACCAGCAAAUUUGAUAAAACUAAGCCCCACCGACCAGAUAAUUGAAAAUAAAAUGUGUACAUUUUUCUAGUCAGUCUUUUGUAUAGAUCAACGUACAGUACAGUAGAGUCGUCUGAAAAUUAAUUGUAGUUAGAAUACUUACUGAUGAUGUAAAAUAUUAGUAUACACUACCAAGUAUAUUACAUUACACAAGUCAGUGGAUAACAUAACACAACCUCGUGGAUUGUAACACACACCCUAUUGAAUUUUAGUAAACAACCUUUUGGUUUACAUUACACAACCUAGUGGAUUAAAAUCCACCACUGGCUUCAGUUUAAAAGGGUGAUAACUUAGGUCAGUGGUCGGCAAACUCAUUAGUCAAAAGAGCCAAACAUUAGCAGCAGGACGAUUUAAACAUUUUGAGAGCCAACUUUCUUUUCAAGAACCUGUGAAGAACCAUGUUUUUUAAGAGUCAAAAGCGAUUUCUGGCCGAGCCGCUGCCUAAGGGGACAACAAUAGAUUUUAGGUCAGACUUUCUUUAAGUGACAAUCGAUUUUUGGUCAGACUUUCUUUAAGUGACAAAAAUAGAUGUUAGGUCAGACUUUCUUUAAGUGACAAUAGAUGUUGGUCAGACUUUCUUUAAGUGAUAAUAGAUGUUAGGUCAGACUUUCCUUAAGGGACAAUAGAUGUUAGGUCCGACUUGCUUUAGGUGACAACAAUAGGUGUAAAUAUGGUCAGACUUCACAACAGGGAAAUUUAUAAUCAUGUAUUAACGUCCCGGCUUUAAAAAAAAAAAAAACCACUAAUGGCUUACAACCAUCUCCGCCAACAUCUAAAAUGUGCUCUCGUGUCAAAUACUACGGACAGACUUGGCCACAUGUUUUUGUUACUAACACAAUGGGUUGCCAGAAAGGCAAUCACAAAUUAAUUAUUAAUCCUCGAUGUCAUGAAAAUCCAAGACAACUUCAGCUAUUGUUCACGUGUCCAACAGAGCUUUGGUUUUUGGUGUCGAUAAGCCAAGCUGCUUGAUGUGGCUACCAACUGUAAGCCAAGCUGGUUGAUGUGGCUACCAACUGUAAGCCAAGCUGGUUUAUGUAGCUACCAACUGUAAGCCAAGCUGGUUUAUGUAGCUACCAACUGUAAGCCAAGCUGGUUGAUGUGGCUACCACGUUUAAGCCAAGCUGCUUGAUGUGGCUACCAACUGUAAGCCAAGCUGCUUGAUGUAGAUGUGGCUGCCAAGUAUAAGCCAAGGUGUUUCGUGUGGCUACCAACUAUAAGUCAAGCUGUUUUGUGUGGCUACCAAUGAUAAGCAAAGCUGUUUUGUGUGGCUACCAAUGAUAAGCAGAGCUGUUUUGUGUGGCUACCAACUUUAUGUCAAGCUGUUUUGUGUGGCUACCAACUAUAAGCCAAGCUGUUUUGUGUGGCUACCAAUGAUAAGCCAAGCUGUUUUAUGUGGCUACCAACUAUAAGCCAAGCUGUUUUGUGUGGCUGCCAAGUAUAAGCCAAGCUGUUUUGUGUGGCUACCAAUGAUAAGCCAAGCUGUUUUGUGUGGCUACCAACUAUAAUUCAAGCUGUUUUGUGUGGCUACCAACUAUAAGCCAAGCUGUUUUAUGUGGCUACCAACUAUAAGCCAAGCUGCUUGAUGUGGCUACCAGCUGUAAGCCAAGCUGGUUGAUGUAGAUGUGACUACCAACUGUAAGCCAAGCUGUUUUGUGUGGCUACCAACUAUAAGCCAAGCUGCUUGAUGUGGCUACCAGCUGUAAGCCAAGCUGGUUGAUGUGGCUACCAACUGUAAGCCAAGCUGCUUGAUGUAGAUGUGGCUGCCAAGUAUAAGCCAAGCUGUUUUGUGUGGCUACCAAUGAUAAGCCAAGCUGUUUUGUGUGGCUACCAACUAUAAGCCAAGCUGUUUUGUGUGGUUACCAACUAUAAGCCAAGCUGUUUUGUGUGGCUACCAACUAUAAGCCAAGCUGUUUUGUGUGGCUACCAACUAUAAGCCAAGCUGUUUUGUGUGGCUACCAACUAUAAGCCAAGCUGUUUUGUGUGGCUACCAACUAUAAGCCAAGCUAGCUAACGUUUCUUGACAUUGACUUUUGAAGCUGGUGCUGAUGAUAAGCGUCCACUAUAUCAAUAUGUUAUCAAAAUGACGCAAGUCACCCAGCAUCCCUUUGAGUGAAAAUGAGAAAUGCCAUCACUAAACUAUCAUGUAUCCAAAAAUGUAUCCUAUUUCACGUUUGUCUUCGAGAAUUGACUUACAAAAUAAAUGUCAAUCAGUAUCCAUGCUAAAAUCAAAAUAUACGCACACAACUAAACGGCUGUUUCCUUCAAUGUUUUUAGAAGGUAAAAUGAGAAAGAGUUACUUCGUGUAUUUCCUAUGCUCAAUGCAUCGAAUGACGUAACUGUGUUGUAGUUCUUCGGAGGAGAUGAAAUUAUUGACCAAGCUUAUACGUGGGUGUUGCUGGAAACUAAACAACACCUACCAGAUUUAUGAUGGGAGUAAACAACACCUACCAGAUUUAUGAUAAAAUUAAACAACACCUAGCCGAUUUAUGAUAGAAGUAAACAACAGCGAUUAAUACAAGAUUGAUUUAAAAUCUCAGAUGAAGAAAAUCCAAAUGUUUGCUAAUGGACGUACUUGAAAAUAAUUUUUGCUAAUUUUAAUACUCAAGGCAAUGAAAUAUGUUUAGUUGGUUGUACUUCAAAAAUUGCACAAUAUACAAACAUUGAUGUUUAGAUUUACUAAAAUUGAUGUUUAGACAUACAAACAUUGAUGUUUAGAUAUACAAACAUUGAUGGAUAGAUAUACAAACAUUGAUGUUUAGAUAUACAAACAUUGAUGUUUAGAUAUACAAACAUUGAUGGAUAGAUAUACAAACAUUGAUGUUUAGAUAUACAAACAUUGAUGUUUAGACAUACAAACAUUGAUGUUUAGAUAUACAAACAUUGAUGGAUAGAUAUACAAACAUUGAUGUUUAGAUAUACAAACAUUGAUGUUUAGAUAUACAAACAUUGAUGUUUAGACAUACAAACAUUGAUGUUUAGAUAUACAAACAUUGAUGGAUAGAUAUACAAACAUUGAUGUUUAGAUAUACAAACAUUGAUGUUUAGAUAUACAAACAUUGAUGUUUAGACAUACAAACAUUGAUGUUUAGAUAUACAACCCGAAUGAGAUCAAAAGUGGGGGAUGUCUGAGCAAAUAGGGCGGAGUCGACAAUUACAAACAAUACAGCUUCAGUUCAAAAUACUUUUGAAUGACGUCAUCAAAAAUAAGAUUUGAUUUCGAAGAAGCAAAGUUCAUAAAAUCCUGAGGAAUAAUUUCUUUACCAGCAGCAAUCUUCAAUCUGAAUGAUUGUGUCUUUAGACCUGGUCAAUGGUUCUGUUCAAAUGUCUUCAAUCUGAAUGAUUGUGUCUUUAGACCUGGUCAAUGGUUUUGUUCAAAUGUCUUCAAUCUGAAUGAUUGUGUCUUUAGACCUGGUCAAUGGUUCUGUUCAAAUGUCUUCAAUCUAAAUGAUUGUGUCGUUAGACCUGGUCAAUGGUUCCGUUCAAAUGUCUUCAAUCUGAAGAUUGUGUCUUUAGACCUGGUCAAUGGCUCAGUUAAAAUGUGUCACAUAAAUCUUGACAGGCUCACGUGAAGUAUGUUGAUAUGUUACAUUAAUCCUUGACAGGGCUCAUUGUGUAGCUGUACAUUGUUUAAAGAAGGGUAAGAACCACUCCUCGGGGUGAAGAAUCUAAGUAACUUUGAAUAGGUCAGAAGUCAGUGAGCUCAUUCAAGCAUAUCUUGUUUUGAAUAGAAGGUCAGAGGUUAGCAAGCUCAUUGAUAUUCCCAUUAUAUAUAUAUAUAUAUAUAUAUACUAUUUAAUGUAAAUAUAUGAUAUUUAUGGCAUACUUUGAAACACUAUGUGUCAUAAUUCCAUGAUUAGGUGAUGACAUUUGUUUUAUAAAUGACAUUGAGGUGUGCAUGGGACGUGGCGAGUCGAUUAUUGCAUCGUACAAAUGGUGGUUUCUUCUUGUUUUUUUGCAUGUGUCUGGCCUCAUGUUGGUGUAUCUUGAUAUGUAAUAUGUACCUCAUUGUAUGUAAAUUAUUGUAUUUAUUAUUUGUAUCCAACUAGAACGGAUUGUUUUGUGACGUAGUUGAUGUUGUUUGGUUAUGUUGUAUGUUGAUGUUUGGUGGCCCUGUUGUUAAUCUGUUCAAUUGUUGUUGCUGUUGUUUGGUGAUGUUGUAUGUUGAUGUUUGGUGGCCCUGUUGUUAAUCUGUUCAAUUGUUGUUGCUGUUGAUGUUGUAUGUUGAUGUUUGGUGGCCCUGUUGUUAAUCUGUUCAAUUGUUGUUGCUGUUGUUUGGUGAUGUUGUAUGUUGAUGUUUGGUGGCCCUGUUGUUAAUCUGUUCAAUUGUUGUUGCUGUUGUUUGGUGAUGUUGUAUGUUGAUGUUUGGUGGCCCUGUUGUUAAUCUGUUCAAUUGUUGUUGCUGUUGUUUGGUGAUGUUGUAUGUUGAUGUUUGGUGGCCCUGUUGUUAAUCUGUUCAAUUGUUUUUGCUGUUGUUUGGUGAUGUUGUAUGUUGAUGUUUGGUGGCCCUGUUGUUAAUCUGUUCAAUUGUUGUUGCUGUUGUUUGGUGAUGUUGUAUGUUGAUGUUUGGUGGCCCUGUUGUUAAUCUGUUCAAUUGUUGUUGCUUUUGUUCGGGUGUGUUGCUGCUUAAUGAGUGUUGCUGCUGAUUGGUUUGUGGAGCAGUGCCCGGAGGAUAUUGUUAUCGAGUUGUUGAUUUCUAGUGUUACACUAUUAUGUUUAGUUAUAUGUGUUGUCUAUUUCUUAUGUUUGACCAUUGUUUGAUACAUGCUGUAUGUUAAGGCCAAAACAUAAUCUUGUAACUAUGUACUCUGAAGCAAGGAGCUGCCGGACUGACAUCAUAUCUAUGACAUUACUGAACAAACCUGCAUGGCAUCUGACAUCUGACGUCUGUGUUGUGGAGAUGUCAACAUAUUUAUUUGUGGUGAUGAUCAAAUAAAGCUAUUUUACUAACUAAUCACAACACCCCUAUGGUGUUAGUCUUCUUCCUGCUUGUCGUGGUUGUCCUAAUUGUCGUGGUUGUCCUAAUUGUCGUGGUUGUCCUAAUUGUCGUGGUUGUCCUGCUUAUCGUGGUCCUGCUUAUCGUGUUUGUACUACUUAUCGUGUUUGUCCUACUUGUCGUGUUUGUCCUACUUGUCGUGUUUGUCCUACUUGUCGUGUUUGUCCUACGUGUCGUGUUUGUCCUAUGUGUCGUGUUUGUCUUACUUGUCGUGUUUGUUCUACUUGUCGUGUUUGUCCUACUUGUCGUGCUUGUCGUGUUUGUCCUGCUUGUCGUGUUUGUCCUACUUGUCGUGUUUGUCCUACUUGUCUUGUUUGUCCUGCGUGUCGUCUUUGUCCUGCUUGUCGUGUUUGUCCUACUUAUCGUGGUUGUCCUACUUGUGUGUGCCCUACUCAUCGUGGUUGUCCCACUUGUCGUGUGUGCCCUACUUAUCGUGGUUUUCCUACUUGUCGUGUUUGUCCUGCCUGUCGUGUUGGUCGGGUUUGACCCUCAUUUCUAUUGCUCUCACAGAGACAGUACGCAACAACAAGACAAGUGUUUACUUUUUAUUAGCGGUCUUCGACCACACAUUAUCUAAAGAUAAUCUAUCCUCACUAGUAAUCAUCUUAAUAUCAACCUUCUUCUCUGUUUAUACUCUAGAACAGGGGUCUCCAAACUACGGCCCUCUCAUCUGGCCCGCGGAGACCUUUUUGUCUACGGAAAAGAUUACGGAAAUGUCCGUGUAUCCUGCCCAUAUCAACCGCCGCUUACGUGGACGUUAUGUUUUUACCGAAUUAAAAUAGAGGCGCGCAGUAGUGCGUUAUGUUUUUCAACCGAUCACUACAUUGCAAAACAUUAUUCACUGCUUAGUUUUUCUACUUCCGCCGUUGGUGGAGCUUUGCCCGCCGAGUUGCAGACAUGGAUGAAAACAUUGUGACUCAAAUAGCGAAAAAAAAAAAUUUCCAAUUUUUAAUUGCAAUGGAUGAGUCGCUGGAAGCUGUUCCAGCUGUUCUGCUUGUGAUCAUUAGAUGUGUGGAUGAAGACAUGAACAUAACACAAGAGCUGGCUUCCCUUCAUAGCAUGUACGGCAGUGUCACCGGAGAGUAUAUAUUCAAACUCAGUUGCCUUAUUGUUGGCGGAGAAAAUAACAUGAGUGGCAUAAAGAAAGGCUUGGUUGGACAAGUGAAGCACAUGUGUAAUGAGAAAAACAUUCUGCAAACAAUGUUCCUGCACUGUAUUAUUCACCAGAAAGCUUUGUGUGAUAAAUAUGUGGGCAUUAGCAGCGUACUGAAUCCUGUGGUGAAAAGGGUUAAUUUAAUAAGGUCAUAUGGGCUCAACCAUAGACAGUUCAGAGACCUGCUGAAAGAUAUAGACACAGAAAGUACGAUUUACCAGAUUACACAGCAAUACGAUGACUAAGUUGUGAGAAAGUUCUGAGCAGAGUAUUUAAGUUAAGAAAGGAAAUAGCUGAUAAUCCGGGAAAGUAAAGGCAAGCCACAGCCAUUAGUGUCUGAUGAAGAGUGGGUUUGGAAAUUGGUCUUUGCUGCAGACAUAACCAGUCAUUUAAAUUUUCUUAACCUAAAACUGCAAGGAGAGGAAAAUCUAGUUUCUGAACUAUACACCCACCUCAAGGCCUUCAUAUCCAAAUUCGUCUUGUUUUUUGGAACAAGUACAGGCCAACAACUUGACACACUUUCAUCAGUGCAAGGUCUUCAUGGCUGAAGCAACAGCGGAGUUCCCCACGUCAUUUGCAUGCGAGAUUAUCAAAGACCCCCCCCCCCCCCAAACUGCAGCGUCAACAGCGGUAUUCUGAUAUGGAUUCAAAGUCAGAAGAAGUGAGACUUUUUCAAAACCCAUUUGAAGCAGAUGUGGCCAGUUGGCCAAGAGAACGGCAACUGUAGGCUAUUGAAUUGUAAGCGAAUGACCUCCUUAGGGACAAGUUCAAAGAAGGAAUGGUCGGUUUUUAACCAGUUUUCGCCCAAGGAAGACUUUCCUAAUGUCAAAACUUUUGCAACAAUUUACCUUUCAAUCUUUGGAGCAACAUACCUGAGUGAACAAACAUUUUCAACAAUGAAAAACGUGAAGAAUAAUUGAGAACAAAUUUGUCCGAUGAUAAUAUCAGGUCACUGUUGAUGUUAGGGACAUCAAAUCUAAAUCCAGAAAUGUCUGCUAAUCACUGCUAUUUUGGCAUCCAGGAAGCUAUUCCCUCAUUCCCCCUAAAACAGGUGUUCAUGUGUCGUGUAGCAAUGUGUCGUGUAGCAAUGUGUCGUGUAGCAAUGUGUCGUGUAGCAAUGUGUCGUGUAGCAAUGUGUCGUGUAGCAAUGUGUCGUGUAGCAAUGUGUCGUGUAGCAAUGUGUCGUGUAGCAAUGUGUUAUUAAAUAAUAACUGACUAAAAUAAUAUUAACUAAAUAAUUAAAAAACGACAUCCAUAUUGUGAUUUUUUUUAUUUGGACCUCGAGUGAGUAGUCGGCCCCCGAACUGCAGUUUGAUAGUUAAUGCGGCCCUAGGGCUCAAAAGUUUGGAGACCCCUGCUCUAUAAUAUUGAAAAAUAUGGACAGACAGAAUUAAGAUAUUUUUUAAUAACUGAAUAUUUUACUACACAAAAGAACAUGCACGCUUCAGUUGUAUUCAGAGCAGAUACUGGCGACCGAGUUAAAGCUACAUCAGAUUGUUGGUUAAGACAAAGUAUUCUUACAAAAGAUGGAUUAACCAAUUGAUGUACUAAUUGGUGUACUAAUUAAAAUAGUAAUUGAUGUACUACUUGAUGUACUAAUGAGUGUACUAAUUGGUGUACUAAUUGCUAACAACGGUUAACAUUUGAAGUAUUCCACGCAUAAAUAAGGAUGUAAUUAUCGAGGGGGGGGGUGGGGUAAACAGGGUGUACAAUAACAUAAGCUUACACAUUUCAAAAGCCAACCUUGGACUUCCAUUGCUCCAACCUUGACUUUGCAUUUUUCCAACCUUGACUUUGUAGUGCUCCAAAUGGUCCGAACAAAGACGAUAGGGUCAACCUUGACCACGACAAUUACAACUGAAGAAAAUAGUGUGAGACAAAAAUCCUGUCCAAUGUUUCUCUAUAUUACAAGCCAAAAACACAAAGAUAUUGUCCAAUGUUUCUCUAUAUUACAAGCCAAAAACACAAAGAUAAUGUCCAAUGUUUCUCUAUAUUACAAGCCAAAAACACAAAGAUAUUGUCCAAUGUUUCUCUAUAUUACAAGCAAAAAACACAAAGAUAAUGUGCAAUGUUUCUCUAUAUUACAAGCCAAAGACACAAAGAUAAUCUGCAAUGUUUCUCUAUAUUAGAAGCCAAAGACACAAAGAUAUUGUCCAAUGUUUCUCUAUAUUUCAGGCCAAAGACACAAAGAUUAAUCCAAUUUUUCUCUAUUUUACCAGCAAAAAACACAAUGAUAUUGUUUAAUGUUUCUCUAAAUUACAAGCCAAAAACACAAAGAUAAUGUCCAAUGUUUCUUUAUAUUACAGGUCAAAGACACAAAGAUAUUGUUCAAUGUUUCUCUAUAUUACAAGCCAAAAACACAAAGAUAAUGUCCAAUGUUUCUCUAUAUUGUAAGCCAAAAACACAAAGAUAUUGUCCAAUGUUUCUCUAUAUUACAAACCAAAGACACAAAGAUAUUGUCCAAUGUUUCUCUAAAUUACAAGCCAAAAACACAAAGAUAAUGUCCAAUGUUUCUCUAUAUUACAGGUCAAAGACUUGAGGAUAUUGUCGUAUGUUUCCUAAAUUACAAGCCAAAAACACAAAGAUAAUGUCCAAUGUUUCUCUAUAUUACAAGCCAAAAACACAAAGAUAUUGUCCAAUGUUUCUCUAUAUUACAAGCCAAAAACACAAAGAUAUUGUCCAAUCUUUCUCUAUAUUACAGGUCAAAGACACAAAGAUAUUGUCCAAUCUUUCUCUAUAUUACAGGUCAAAGACACAAAGAUAUUGUCCUAUGUUUCUCUAAAUUACAAGCCAAAACACAAAGAUAAUGUCCAAUGUUUCUCUAUAUUACAAGCCAAAAACACAAAGAUAAUGUCCAAUGUUUCUCUAUAUUGUAAGCCAAAAACACAAAGAUAUUGUCCAAUGUUUCUCUAUAUUACAAACCAAAGACACAAAGAUAUUGUCCAAUGUUUCUCUAAAUUACAAGCCAAAAACACAAAGAUAAUGUCCAAUGUUUCUCUAUAUUACAGGUCAAAGACUUGAGGAUAUUGUCGUAUGUUUCCUAAAUUACAAGCCAAAAACACAAAGAUAAUGUCCAAUGUUUCUCUAUAUUACAAGCCAAAAACACAAAGAUAUUGUCCAAUGUUUCUCUAUAUUACAAGCCAAAAACACAAAGAUAUUGUCCAAUCUUUCUCUAUAUUACAGGUCAAAGACACAAAGAUAUUGUCCAAUCUUUCUCUAUAUUACAGGUCAAAGACACAAAGAUAUUGUCCUAUGUUUCUCUAAAUUACAAGCCAAAACACAAAGAUAAUGUCCAAUGUUUCUCUAUAUUACAAGCCAAAAACACAAAUAUAGUGUCCAAUAUUUCUCUAUAUUACAAACCUAAGACACAAAGAUAUUGUCCAAUGUUUCUCUAUAUUACAAGCCAAAGACAUAAAGAUAUUGUCCAAUGUUUCUCUAUAUUACAAGCCAAAAACACAAAGAUAUUGUCCAAUGUUUCUCUAUAUUCCAAGCAAAAAACACAAAGAUAUUUUCCAAUAUUUCUCUAUAUUACAAGCCAAAGACACAAUCCCUUUACAGUCCAAACCUAUUCAGCCUUGUCUACUCCCAGCGCCCAAGCAAAGGGACAUAACUCCAUUUUAAAUGAAGGUUCUUUAUCUUAUUAAUUUACAGAAAAUAAACUAGAAACAACAAAAUAAAAUAAAAAAUACCUAAAUACAAAGAAAUGAUUAAAGCAAAAGUUAAACCUAAAUUAGUUUCAGAGACCCUCCCACUCAUGAAAUACUGAAGCUUCAUUAGGCCUAAGUUCUUUCAAAAGUGUAUCCAAGGCUUAGAUAGCGAAAGCGAUACAAGCCAAAGACACAAAGAUAAUGUCCAAUGUUUCUCUAUAUUACAAGCCAAAGACACAAAGAUAAUGUCCAAUGUUUCUCUAUUUUACAAGCCAAAGACACAAAGAAAAUGUCCAAUGUUUCUCUAUAUUACAAGCAAAAAACACAAAGAUAUUGUCUAAAGUUUCUCUAUAUUACAAGCCAAAAAUCUCUGCUCUAUAAAAUGAAAUCCUUCUCUCCUCUCUCUACUGACUAAUAUAAUUUACCUUGAACUCUACAGUAAAAUUAAAUCUUAAAUAGAAUUUUGUAUGUACAGGAAACAAUUGCCAUAAAGUCACACGAUGAAUAGCACACUAGCGCAAUGCAUUGAAAGACAACCUUAGACAGGGCACAGUGCUUACCUUAACGUGGUGUCUUUUUUAUUAGCUUUAUUUGUUCAAUUGAAUGAGAUUAAGGAUCAGAGACGGGAAUGGUUUGGGGGGGGGGGGGCAGGAGACAAAAAAAAACUCUUUGGAAAGAAACAGAAAAAAUUUAUGGAAUCCAAUUUUAAGGAUCAGAGACGGGAAUGGUUUGGGGGGGGGGGGGGCAGGAGACACAAGAUACAUCUCUGGAAAGAAACAGAAACAAUUUAUGGAAUCCAAUUACGACUGAGAUCCCUUCGAUGCCCUUCAGGUAUCUCGUUAGCCCUGGAGAAAACUCUAAUUGCUAAAGCCAAUGGUUCUCAAAGUAGUGUAUUAACACCAAUGUCUUACAAGGAUUGCAUAGCAAACACCUGACCGUUCGGAAAAGUUCGAGAUUUCCAAGGGGAGAUUUUUCGGAAGAACAGAAGAUGGAUACAGACAUACAAAUACUAUCUCUAUUAUAGAUUAUGGCUCAACAUUUGUCUGUUCUAAACAGUGGAACAUACGAUACGAGCAUUCUUGUUUCAGAAAUUUUAGAAUCGUCUGACUAAUCGACAGAAUAUAGUAUCUAUAUUAUCAAGCAUCAUUUGAAAUAUGAAAACAAAAAAUAAAUAUGAAAUUUGACCAAAUAGCCUCCUCAAUGGGCCAAAUCUAAGCUGAACUGUCAAAUGGACAAAUCUAAGCUGAACUGUCAAUGGGACAGAUCUAAGUCCAACUGUCAAUGUAGCAAAUCUAAGUCCAACUGUCAAAUGAGCAAAUAUAAGUGUGUCAAUUGAGCAAAUCUAAGUUGAACUGUCAAUGUAGCCAAUCUAGGUUGAACUGUCAAUGUAGACAAUCUAUGUUGAACUGUCAAUGUAGCCAAUCUAAGUUGACCUGUCAAUAUAGCCAAUUUAUGUUGAACUGUCAAUGUAGCCAUUCUAUGUUUAACUUUCAAUGUAGCCAAUCUAAGUUGAACUGUCAAUGUAGCCACUCUAAAUUAAACUGUCAAUGUGGUCAAUCUAAGUUGAACUGUCAAUGUAGCCAAUCUAAGUUGAAUUGUCAAUGUAGCCAAUCUAAGUUGAACUGUCGCUAUUUUGAGACGCCGUUUAUCUGUGCUAACGAGAUGAUGGGAUAGAAGGCCUUCUUCUCUUAACAUAACAAGCCAGGGGCUGUGUCUAUUAUUUCUCUGUGCAAUACGACUCUACGGAAAAUUGAGCCUUCUUUAAUAGGAAAAUUGAUUGUGUGCUAUUGAAUGUAACAAUCAAUUAUUAAACAAUAGAAAAAACAAGUGGUCAUUAAAUCCAAUAAUUAACGUUACCUUCAUGUAUGAGCCACACUACAGCUAUGUAUGAGCCACACACUACAGCUAUGUAUGAGUCACACUACAGCUAUGUAUGAACCACACUACAGCUAUGUAUGAACCACACUACAGCUAUGUAUGAGCCACACUACAGCUAUGUAUACAACAAACUACAGCUAUGUAUGAGCCAAACUACAGCUAUGUAUGAGCCACACUACAGCUAUGUAUACAACACACUACAGCUAUGUAUACAACACACUACAGCUAUGUAUACAACACACUACAGCUAUGUAUACAACACACUACAGCUAUGUAUACAACACACUACAGCUAUGUAUACAACACACUACAGCUAUGUGUAUAACACACUACAGCUAUGUAUACAACACACUACAGCUAUGUAUACAACACACUAAACUUAUGGUAGACAACACACUACAAUUAUAGUAUACAACACACUACAGUUAUGGUAUACAACACAAUACAGUUAUGGUAUAAAACACACUAAAUUUAUCGUAUUCUACACACUAUAAUUAUGGUAUAUAACACACUAUAGUUAUGGUAUGUAACACACUAAAGUUAUCAAAUACAAUACACCACAGUUAUAGUAUACAAAACACUACAAUUUUGGCACGCAACACACUACAGUUAUGUAUACAGCACACUAAAGUCAUGGUAUAUAACACACUACAUUAAGGUAUGCAACACACUACAAUUAUGUAUACAACAGUCUACAAUUAUGGUAUACAACACAAUAAAAUUAUUGUAUACUACACACUGCAGUUAUGGAAUACGACACACUACAGUUAUGGUAUACAACUCACUACAGUUAGGGUAUACAACUCACUACAGUUAGGGUAUACAACUCACUACAGUUAGGGUAUACAACACACUACAGUUAGGUUAUACAACACACUACAGUUAGGUUAUACAACACACUACAGUUAGGUUAUACAACACACUACAGUUAGGUUAUACAACACACUACAGUUAGUUUAUACAACACACUACAGUUAUGGUAUACACCACUGUUGAAGUGCGUCACACAACUGUCUCCUCUCUGUCCACAGCAAGCCCCAGCAGCGGCGAAUCAUGUUGUAUAGAAGUCAGAACUACGUGACACGCCAGAGCAGCGCCGCCUCUGAUUCUGUUUACGCUCUCAAUGGAGUGGACCUGCCCCACACCCGAUCUAGCCUGGUACAUGGCGACGCCUGAGAGCCACUGGAGCGCCCUUCAUGGAAUUGGGGGGUACCGAGUGCCGCCUAUGUAACAGAGAGUGUGACCUGACAUAAGCAUCAAGUCUCAAAUUUUGCAGGUUUUUUUUUUAAAUUUUGAAUUGUGACUAGUUCAACCAACUUUGUAGGGAUUUUUGGUGGCUCAGUCGAUAAAGAUAUCGGUUCGAAUCCCAGGUCUGGUGUUCGAUUAACUAAAAAUUGACCAAAUAAGGUUAUACGUUGUGCCACGUGACUUGGGGUCUACGUCAUCUGUUUCUGUCCCUGGUCAUUUUUUAACACCCACCUUUUGAUGAACUAUUGAAAGCAAUAAGUCCAUUGUACGUGAAUUAGUGUCAAUGAUGUCAUUGUAAUGCUAUUUAUUUGUAAAUAAAUGUAGAAGUGUUUUUAAAGGAUAAUCUCUGUACCGGACGGCGGAAAUAGUUCGUACACCUUACACAGAAAGUUCAUUGAUUCGUGUUAUUUACAGUGUGUGACGCCCAGAGGUGGUCUGCCAAAGGUUAAAAGUACAAGAAAAUUUAAGGGAAAAAUUUUAUUUUUUUUUAAAUUGGGCAUCUGCCCAUACUGCAAUGUUGAAUUCCUUCAUAUUUCCUCAUGUGACAAUGACGUGUUUGAAUCCAAAAGCCGAAUUCUGACCACUGUGAACGUAGUUUUAGGAAGAUUGUGUUUAAAAAUUGUUUCAUUAUUUUAAUUUAACUUUUUAUAACGAAAAUUAUAAUAGAUUUGAUAAAUAUUAGAUGCAAUCUUUUCAUCAGCUCUAAAUUAGUUCAAUUGUGUCCUUUUCUUCUGAGGCGUACACAUAUCUGAC